UUUAUACUCUGUGAUCUUUUUUUUUUUUCUACACUCUGUUUUUUUUUAUUAUUAUUUUUUAUUUUACUUUCUCUCCUUCCAUUCUGCUCAACCCUAAUCUCUCUCGGGUCGGGUCACUUUGGGUUCAUUCUGCCAACUUCUUUAUCUCUACACUCUAACGUCUGGACCCUGAUUCCACGUUAUUACUUUUUUUGUUUGCAAACCCAACCGCCUUUUUCGCCGCUUCAAUAAUCUUGCUAGGUACCAUGCAGCAAAUGCCCUACUAUCCACCUGGCUACCAGGCUCCAUCUCCUUAUGCUUCCUCUCAUCUGUUGCAAGCUGACAAUGGCCUUCCUCAGCUAGCUCAUCCCGUCGGUGUCAGCGAACCAAACACGCCAUCUCCCGGUACCGCUCAGCCAGCAAAGAGAAAGCAAGUCAAGAAUGCCUGCACCAAUUGUCAAAAGGCCUGUAAAAAGUGUGAUGAAGCUAGACCCUGUCCUCGUUGCGUAAAGUACGGAAUUGCGAACACGUGCGUAAAUUCUACUCGUAAAGAGCGAAAGAAAGGCGUCAAGCGUGGUCCUUACAAACGAAGACAGAAGGGUGAUGGCGAGGCUUCUACUCCAGAGGCAAGGACCCCUCGUCGCAAGAACAGUCCGGAACAACCUCAAUAUGAUCCCCAGAACAUGAGAGCUUCGAUGCCAUUUGGUUACCCCAAUGGCUUGAACCAAUAUGGCCAGCCUUAUGAUGCCUAUGGACAGUAUGCUUCGCAACAGUACAUGGUCAACCCUGUGUACCCUGGCAUGUCCUACCCUGUGCAGCAGAUGGUACCAGGAGCAGACGGGCAUGGUCAAAACCAACAGGGUGGACAGCAUCAAUAUGCCACUCACUCUGCCAUGCCUCAUGCUCAACAGCAUUCCCCAUAUAACGGAUACCAAGGUUCGCCCCACCAGCAAUCUCGGCCCCUGCAACAAGUUCAUCCCGGGGAUGUCAAGGAUGAGCAAAAGCCACAUCAGCCUCUGACUCCUGUACCAAGUACAAGCAGCUCAUCGGCUGCGUCAUCACCGCAUGUCAAUGUUGCUGGAGUUGGCGCUAAUGUAUCUAACGGAGGCGACAAUGAUGAAGAAGGUUCUCGAUUGGCUCGUCUUUCUCAGUUGUGUCGUGCUGCUUUGGAUCAAUCCGAUGGUCCUACCGAGAGCACAUAAUCUCAACCAGCCUGCGAGUGUGUGCAUAGGCGAUGAUGUACCCCUACAAGACAAACGAUUUCCACUUGGUGCUUGAAACCAAUCCGGGUCCAUCUUGCUAUGUUCACCCUCUGCCUCACUCAUGCUCUUAUUGCUUUCCUCGCUAUAUUUUGUUUUUCUUUUCGUUAUCUGUUUCUUUUAAAUCAUCAAAAUGGCCA